GAUAAUUAUACCGAAUUUGUACCUCUCUACUUCUAUAAGACACCAGGUAACUGAGUCUUACCUUCCUCCAAGCUUUCUGAGAGAGAUGCAGGCAAUGGCCGUGAAAAGAUUAGCCUCUCCCCAUGGCUAUGGAGGAGUCAAGCUCAUCCGCUCCGCGAUCAUGGGGUUGAUUGUGGGGAUCUCUCUUGGAUAUAUGAUGAUGUGGGUUGUGACUGGUGCCAGAAUAUACAGAACUUGGUAUAUGAAGAUUAGGGCCAAAACCAAUUCAACUUACUUUGGCUGGACAGGUGUGAGAAUUCUAAUAUACACAUUCCCAAUUUUACUCAUUGCUGUUCUGGGCUCUGUGUAUCUUCAUCUGGGGAAGAAAGCCAGUUACAACAAGCACAUGGAAAGAAAUAGUACUCAAUUUGGAGCGUGGAAACGACCAAUGGUCAUCAAAGGGCUAGGGAUUGUUUCCGGGAUAGAGCUAGCAAUCUUCACCAUGUUCAUUGCCCUCUUGGUUUGGUGUUUUUCAGCUUACAUGCAUCUCUUCUUCUCCGAGGCUGCCCACCGAGCUGUCGAAACUGGCGAUAAAAUAUGGGAGGCUAAACUGGAUAUGGCGGGGCUAAUUCUAGGGCUUGUUGGGAACGUCUGCCUUGCAUUUCUCUUCUUCCCGGUGACUCGAGGGUCAUCCCUGUUGCCUCUCUUUGGACUAACCUCAGAAGCCAGCAUUAAGUACCAUAUAUGGCUUGGCCAUAUUACCAUGUUUCUCUUCACCUUUCAUGGCAUCUUGUACAUCAUCUAUUGGGUCGUUACCAACCGCUUCUCCAAGAUGCUAGAAUGGAGCAGCAUCAGUGUAUCCAACGUGGCCGGUGAAGUUUCUUUGCUAUGUGGUUUGUUGUUGUGGGUGACAACCUACCCAUCCAUAAGGCAGAAGAUGUUCGAGCUCUUCUUCUACACGCAUUACCUCUACAUCCUCUUCAUGGUCUUCUACAUUUUCCAUCUUGGUUUCUCUUACUCCUUCACUAUUCUCCCUGGUUUCUACCUUUUCUUGGUGGAUAGAUACUUGAGGUUCCUACAAUCGAGACAAGGUGUUGCUUUGCUCGCAGCUCGUAUCUUGCCUUGUCAAACUCUGGAGCUCAACUUCUCCAAGAGCCCAGCUUUGAGUUAUAGUCCAACAAGCAUGAUCUUCAUAAAUGUGCCCAGCAUUUCCAAACUGCAAUGGCAUCCGUUCACCAUUAGCUCCAGCAGUAAUCUUGACCCAGACAGGCUGAGUGUCAUCAUCAAGAAUGAGGGGAGCUGGACCAAGAAACUCUAUCAGAUGCUCUCCCCACCAUCUCCUGUGGACCACCUCAAUGUCUCUGUUGAAGGACCCUAUGGACCGGUUUCAACGCAUUUUCUAGGCCAUGGCGUGCUAGUAAUGGUGAGUGGUGGCAGCGGCAUUGCCCCGUUCAUCUCCAUCAUUCGAGAGCUCAUCUUUGCGAGCACGACUCUGAAGAGAAAGACUCCACGGAUCCUCCUGAUCAGCGCAUUCAAGUAUUCAUCAGACCUCACCAUGCUCGAGCUUCUUACUCCAAUAGCUGGCAAUCCCUCAGAACUCUCCAAGUUGGAGCUGCAAGUUGAAGCCUAUGUGACAAGAGAGAGAGAACCACCACCAGAGAAGCCAAAGACCCUUCAAACAAUCUGGUUCAAGCCGGCUGCCACAGAUGCACCAAUAUCUCCUACUUUAGGCCAGAAUGGCUGGCUCUGGCUCGCUGCAAUCAUAUCGUCAUCCUUCGUCAUCUUCCUCCUCAUCAUGGGGAUCCUCACGCGAUACUAUAUUUACCCCAUCGAUCACAACACUUACAAGAUAUACCCACACUCUUCACAGGCUACUUUGAGUAUGUUGCUCAUGUGCAUUACCAUUGCAAUGGCUGCUACCGCAGCUUUUCUUUGGAACAAGAAGCAAAAUGCCAUGGAAGCUAAACAGAUUCGGAACAAUGAAGGUGGUGCAGCCCCAGUAGAGUCUUCAAACUUGAGGUUCGGUAAUGACAGGGAGUUGGAAAGCCAACCCCAGCAGUCUCUUAGUAAAUCUAUCAAGGUGAACUAUAAUGGAAGGCCUGAGCUAAAGAGAAUUCUGUUGCAGCUCAAGGAACCAAGGGUUGGUGUUCUUGUUUGUGGCCCAAAGGAGAUGAGGCAUGAUGUUGCAGCCAUCUGUUCAUCUGGUUUGGCAGACAACCUGCACUUUGAGUCUAUUAGCUUCAACUGGUGAUGAUUCAACUCAUCCAUUACAAAAAAGGAGGAUUUGGAAGGUCAUCUUGGACCAGAAUUGCUCUUGUAUAUGGACAUUCCUUUUUCUAUUUUUCUGUAGUUGGGGCUCUACACUAACCCUGUACGGUAAUUAUAAAGGUUCCAAACACAAUAAAAGGAAAGCUAUAAAUGAAACCAUGAAAGCGUCAUUUUAUA